AUGCUUCAAGAUCCGACAGGAAGACUACUCUACGUUGGCGACUCCGCGUCGUUGGCUUACCUUCAACUCAUUCGUAUGAUUGUUGAAGCCAGCGCUGGUCCUAGCGAAUUCACGGAAGACCCAAGCCGCCACAAGAUCAUGGAGGCCACGAUAGCGAUGCCGGCCAACAUACAGACACCGCACAUCUUACCUGACAGGGAUACGGCCAAUGCUUUGGUUGAGUCGUUUUUUACAAACACGUAUGGUUUGAUUCAAGUCUUCGACAGGCCCACUUUCGAAAGAUCACUGGAGGCGUGUUACUCGGAUCCUCUUACGGCACAGUCAUCCUUCCUAUGUCUGUUGUACCUGACCUUUGCCAUCGGCAUGGUGUUCGCGACGCCGCUUCCUAACAGCAAAGAGGAUGCCAUCUUCAAGAAGCUCAGAACGGCCCAGUUUGAUCGAGCCGAGUCUUUCUUUAGGAGUGCGAAAGCCCUCGGCGACCCCAUCUCUGGGUUCGAAGAUGCGGAUUUCUGGUCUGUGCAAGCGUUGUUGUUGAUGGCUGUCUACAUGCUGGCAGUAUCCAAGCGCAAUGCGGCGUAUGCCUAUUUCGGCAUGGCAGUUCGCUCUGGCUUCGCACUCGGCUUGCACAGAGUCCAUGAAAACCAUUUCAUCUUCAAAAGCGAAGACGUCAGGUUGCGCCGAAGCCUCUGGAGAAGCUUGUUCGUCCUCGACCGUUUCCUCGCCGCUUCGCUGGGCCGUCCAGUCGCGAUUGACGAGGAAGAAUGCUCGGCCGACGCUCUGCUUGUAUUUGAGAAGAAGUCUGCCAGUGAAUUGGUACGGAUUCAGAACCCCAGCGACGGGCUCGACGCCGCUGUAAAAUGCUGUCAAAUUGUUGGCCAGAUCUUGAAAAAGAUCUACGCCCGCCGGCUCGUAUCAAUUCGCAGGACGUCUGAGAUUUGGGAGCAAUGCGGAGCCUGGCACGCAUCACUCAGCGACGACCUGUCGUCGGGGCAGGUGGCCGCCGAUCCAAGCAACCCAGCGCAGGCCAUCGCCGCCCUUCACGUCAACCUUUUUUACUACCACACCAUCAUCAUCCUCACACGGCCGUUCUUUAUUUAUCUCCUGAGCAAGGUUCACAAUGAGCGCAAAGGGUUUACGCUGCCGGUUCCUCGCUGGAUCAACCGCACGUCGAAAUACUGCGAGGCUUGCCUCAGCGCGGCCAAUGAGACAAUCGCCCUGGUGCAGAAGGCAUUCGACAGCAACUAUCUUCCGCAGCGCAACCCGUUUGUCCUGUACUUUCUCUUCGCCGCGUCCCUUAUCGUCCUCAGUAACGAGUUCUCCGCCAUAUACCCGAACCCGACCUACGGAACCUCCAUGUCCAGCACAAUUUCUAUCAUGAACUACUGCGCGACGAGCGACCCGCAGGCCAAUAGGCUUCUCUUCAUUCUCAACUCGUUUCGCAACGUUAUUUACGAAUUGCGCUCAAAGAAGCCCGAGCAGCCAGCCAUGCCUAUCCCGCAAACAAUGUCCCCGACGGCCCUCCACGACCCGAUCGGCAGCCUCUUCAAACGCACCGCCCCCUCCCGCAAGAACUCCUUCGCGACAACCGCCACCUCCGCGCCGCCCGGGUCCGCGGUAAAGGCGAUGGCGCCUCCGCCGUUGUCCAUGAGGACUGAGCACAGCUUCUCCUCCGCCCCGGCCGGCCCUUCUGCCGGCGUCUCCCCGGCGGGUAGCACGCCCGGCAUGUCGCACUCGGGCGGCGACCUGAGCGCGAGGAUGGGAGAUUCCGACAUGGGCGACGAAGAGGUUCCCUUUGACUCGAUGUGGGCCUUCGGCGCCACCCCGGGUCCUCCUGCGGGCGGGCCCAUGCCGGCGGGACCAAAUGUACCUGCGCCGCCGCAGACGGGCGGGGUGAUGCCGGUGCCCGGGCAAGGUUUCCCGGUGCAAGGCCCGGGUCCGCGAUUCCAGGGGUUCGGAAACUUCGGGCCUAAUGGGAACGCAGGUGGAGGAGGGGGUGCUCCUGCUGGUACGGGGGGUUAUGUGGCUCCUUUGAACGUGCCGAUGUACACCCUUGCGGAACAUUCGUAG